AUGGCUGAGGAGGGCCCGAAUAUCGGCACAGCGGAUCACAGCGCCGGGCUGGGCAUGGCUGAGGAGAGCCGCAAAUCUAACAUGCAGGAUUCCGGCGCCGGGCUGGGCACGACUGAGGGGAGCCGCAGCGGCGACCCCCAGGAUAUCUCCCAUGUGCUGGCUAGAGCCUUUAAGGACCUGUACACUGGAGAUGUUUUUGAGGUGGACAUGGCAACAAACUGGAUUAAGUCCCAAGGAGGAGACAGUGUUUAUCAAGACAGUUACACAGAUGAGCUAGAGAAGCUUCUGGCUGAGUGCAAGAGCCGACUGACAGAAGCUGACAAAGCAGAAGAGGAAAUCAUUCAGGCCCAGGCCCGAGCAAAAGAUGAAGAGGAAAGGGUUCUAAAGCAGAUGAAGAUUCGUGCAGGGAAAUAUUUCCAUAAACUGGGGCUGCCUCCAGUGGCAUCCUCUUUUCAGUGGAUUGUGGACAAUGAACUUCUCAGAAAAAAUAAUUUAAUCUGUCCUGUGGAUUACAUCACUGAGAAAUUACCUGUUGCUAAAGCACCAAAAGGAGAAUCAGAACCUGGAUACCUGAAAGGGGCACGUAAACAACGUGCUUUUUCACUGGAUGAGAGUGUCUACUUAACUGACAGUGUGACAAGUGCAUCUUCAGCUCUGUCCUCUGUCCAAGACUCCAGCCUUGAGGCUAAAACCAUCAGUAAGAAAACUAAAGACUCACAGAAACAAGCCAGGAAAGAGAGUAAGUCCUGGAAAGCAGAGGAAUUAAAUGAGUACCUCUCCAGACUUGAGAAAAGACAGAAUUACUUGAAGAAUCCACGCUUUUUCCCACCAAAUACUCUGGAUGGAGGCAAAUCUCUUGUAAUUUCUCAAGAAAAAGUGGAAGAAAUCAUAGCCAGAAGAAAAGCAGAAGAUACCAAAGGUGAUACCUCAUUUGUUCCUGUGUUUCUUGCCAGUCCACCUUCUGUCCUGUUUUUGUAUGAUAAAGCUGGGCAGGUUUAUGAGAUGACUGUAGAGCUACGGAACAUCACUUCAACAGGUCAACAUGUAAGACUUAUCCCUCCCUCUACUUCAGUAUUUUUCAUUUGGCCAGGAAAAUAUCCAGGAAAGGGAGGAAUGAUUGCUCCUGGGAUGGCAUGCCAGUAUACAGUCCAGUUUAUUCCUGAAUAUCUGGGAGAGUAUGAAGAUCAUAUAUUAGUGGAGAGUCAAGUAUCAGAAUCUUUUGUCAUCCCAAUCCAAGCUAAAGUAUCACUUCCAGUAUUAACAUUGCCUGACUUUAUAGACUGUGGUUCCUGCCUUGUUGGAGGAAUAAAAACAACAGCAAUUUUGUGCAGAAAUCAGGGAGUUAGGACUGGGAAGUUCUCUAUAAUGCCAGGGAAAGCCUGGCCAGCUCCUGAUUCUGGGGUGGCUGCCACUGCUGAUUUUGUGAUACAGGAUCCUUUUGGGAUCCAGCCUGCUGUUUUGGAGCUAGCUCCAGGGCAGAGUGCAACAGUACAGGUAGUGUUUUUCCCUUCUUUGCCAGAAGCCUCACAGCAAACAUUCACCAUUUUGUGUGACAAUUAUCCAAUCAAUUAUGUUACAGUCACAGGGCUUGGAGAGGUGAUUGCUCUGGAGCUUUUGUUUGUCACAGGUGGAGAAAGCAAAGCUCAGCUGGGUGAAGUCACUGAUGCAACAGCACAGCACCUCAUACGUUUUGAGCCCCAAAACCCACAGAGCUCUAAGGAGAAGAUCCUGGUUAUAAGGAACUCCACCCAUCUAGAACUUCCCUUCUUCUGGCAGAUAACAAAGCCUAAUCUGAAACCAUUAAUACCAGAAGAAACUGUAGACUUUACAGAGGUCAAAAACAAUCAAGACCCAGAGUCAGCCUUCUCCCUAAAUCCUAAGCAGGGAAUUUUGCUUCCCAAUGCAGAUCAUGAGUUUAUUCUCACUUAUGCUCCACAGGAGCUGAAGAGUUACCACAGUGUGAUGCAGAUGGUAGUCAGGGACAUCCCAGAAUCACCUUGUUUAGUAGAAGAGAGGAUGCUUCAAAACAUCCCAGGAUGCAGAGCAGAGGAUGUAAUAGCACUGGAAAUAGAAGUUAAAGGCUUAACAGAACCAUUUCAUCUUCUUCUGGAACCAUAUGCCAUUAUUAUCCCUGGAGAAAAUUUCGUUGGUGUAAAUGUCAAGAAAACAUUUAAGCUGUGGAACAACAGCAAAACAUUGAUCAAGUACACAUGGGAGAAAAUCACAGACUCUGAGAUCAUCGAAGUUGAACCUCGUACUGGUGUCAUAGAUGUGAAUAAAUGCUGUGAAUUUGUACUGGCAAUUUCUGGAAGCAAACCUGGGGUCAUCAGCCGUAACCUGCCCUGUCACAUUGAGCUGUGUCCAGAGCCAGUUAUGCUGCAUGUUGAGGCUGCUUUUAAGGGUCCAUUACUUUGUAUUGAUGUUCCAUCACUCCGGUUUGGUUUGACUAAGCAGGGUGAGACUGUGUCAAGAACCUUUGAGAUUAAUAAUCUCUCUCAGGUGCCAGCACAGUGGAGGAUGCAAGAAAGCCAGGUUUUUCUAGCUCAAAGAAAUGAAGAGGUAUCCACCUUCACCAUCCAGCCAUCAGCUGGGAAAAUUCCUCCUUUGGGUCUAUGCACAGUUUCAGUUCACUUCACAGCACUGCAGUGCCAGCGUCUCCAGACAGUGCUGGAACUGGAGGUGGAAAAUGGAGAAGGAAGUCAUCUUCCUGUUUUUGUUGAAGUUCAGACCCCCCAAGCAUGCCUGAUAUCUAGUCAUCUAGUAUUCACUGAAAUUUAUACUGGAGUUCCUGUCAAAGCAACCAGUAAACUUUUUAACCAGACACUGCUGCCAGCAAAAUACUUAUGGGGAAAGCCCAUUGGAAGCCAGGCAGCUUCCUGCUCCAUCGUGGUGUCCCCUGCCAGUGGCACCUUAGGCCCAAAUGAAGAGAAGGAAUUCUGCAUUGAGCUGUCAUCUAACACUGUGGGUGAGCUGAAAGACCUGACACUUUCCUGUAGCAUAGAAGACAUGGCUGAGCCCCUCUUCCUGAGCAUUUCUGGAGAAGUGAAGGGACUACAUGUCACCUACUCAGUACCUUCUGGCAGUGGAGUUGACAGUGGUGAAGGACAAAUGCCACAAAGCCCACGUGAGCUUCUUUUGGACUUUGGGUCUGAAGUUGCACUCCAAGAUGUUGUGAAGCAUCAGCUGAUUCUAACAAAUCUCACUGCAAUCAGUGUUCCAUUCACACUGGAAGCUGAGUAUUUUAGUGCCUGUUUGGUGCCUCCAGAACAAGGAGCCUGCCCCUACCUGGUGAAAAGAAGGGGGCCUGUCACAGAGCAUGCAGCCAGAAAAGUAAAGUCAGAGUUUGCAGCAGCGUUGCUGUCUCAGGGGAAGGGAGCAGCUUUCCACAUCCAACCUUCCACAGGAACUCUGGAAGCUUUCCAGCAGCUCACCAUAGAAAUAGCAGCUUACAACAACAUGUGGGGAGAGUACCAGGAUAACCUGGUCUGUAAGGUGGGAGACUUACAACCUAAAUUAAUUCCUAUGCAAAUGACUGUGAAAGGCUGUCCAAUCUUCCUGCAGAUGACAGGACCAAAACCAGAGCCACCCAUUAUCAGGUUUGGCACUCAAGUCUCAGGAGGGUCCCCUGUGCUUCGGAGGGUCCAGCUCAACAAUCCCAGUCCCUUUGACAUCCGCCUGGACUUGGAAGUUUACAACCAAGAGCCAGAUGAUGAAAAGCUGGUGGACCUCUUGGUGCUCUUUGGAGACCCUUUUCCUCCUGUGGACAUGGCUGGAGAUGAGGCUGCAUCAAGUGGUAGCACCUCAGAGUCAGAGGUCCCUUCAGGUUCUGACAGCAAAGAGAUGGAAAUCAGCAGUCAGGAGUCUGCAGGAGAGAAAAAUAUCUCUGUACUUAUCCGACCUCAUGAGGGGGUGCCUGCAGACAUCCCCUACUCCGUUGCUCCAAGGCAGAUUGUGGUUCCAGGAGGUGGCAGCAGCGACGUUUACAUCUCCUUCACCCCGCUCGUCCUCCCGGACACCGAGGCUGAGCUGUGUUGUGACGGGCUGUUGCUGGGCUUCAUGAGCCUGGACGACAAGCUUGCAAGGAGGGUGCCCAGCAAGGUGCGGCGCAGUCACGGCUAUGGAGCUCCACCCUUACGAGUGCACAUGGAGGCUGUCCUGAGGCAUCCCCUGUUAGAAGUGGAGAUGGAUCACGAUAGAGGAAUGGUGUUUUAUUCAGUGGCGAGUGAUCUCCUGCCUGCUAAGCCUUUUUUUGGAGUUUUGACAGAUGCAGUAAUUACUCAGAGUUUGAAACUCAUGAAUUGUACCAAGAUUCGGCUGUACUUCAGGCUUUUUCUGUCUACACCCUCUAUGCCCUUCAGCCUCUCCAGCACAGAUCCCAAAAAGAACACUGAAACAUCCCACAGCAAGAAGGAGGAAAGGGAACAGCAACUGCAACAUGUACUUUAUCCACAGCAAAACAUGCUGGUGAAAGUGUCAUUCCACACAAAUCUGGAGCUACUCAGGUAUCAGCAUUUGCCAGAGACCCAGCUGCUUCCUGGAUGCCAAGUGCUCCAGCUGGAGAGUGGAGAGAGAAAGCUGAAGUUUAAUCAAAAUCUGGUCAUUGAGCACAGUAAUUACACUUCCCAGCUGGUCCCAUUGACUGCCUACCUCACUGUUCCAGUCCUGGAGCUCUCCUGUGACAGGAUUGAUUUCCAGACCUGCUUUGUUGCACAGACCAAGACAGAACAUGUCUUCCUGUAUAACAGGAGUGGCUGCAGAAGCUACUGGACUGCUUUGCUGGAUGAACAGAAAAGCCCUAAGGCCAUGCAAGUAUUUUCCAUCUUCCCAACUAAAGGCAUUUUGGAGGCACGUGAAGGGGAGGCACCUACCAGAGAGAUUCUGCAGAUCAGCUUUGCUGCAAGGAGCAACACUGACUAUGAAGCUAUUGUGACCAUUUCUGGAAUGCUGGAAGAGAAGCCUUGCAAGCUGCACCUCAGAGGGCGAGGAGUGCACCAUGAGAAGGUGCCUUAAGCAGGACAAUGUGGGACAAAUGUCAAGGUAACAGGUUGGAUGCA